AUGGAAACGUCGUGGGUCCUGGGUGUCCUUUACUUAGCGAUUUCGGGAUGUAACGUGCCUGCACCGGAACCUCAUCCCUCCAACCGAUUUCUUACAGAUUGGUUUUCCGAUAAGGUACUUGCUCCGGGACUUCGUUUAUGCUCUCAUGCCGGUUGUGGUCGGCCGGAGACUAGAAAACAUGAGUUCCGGCGAUGUUCAGUUUGCGGAGCAGUUAACUACUGUUCUCGAGCCUGUCAAGCACUCGACUGGAGGAUGCGUCACAAGAUGGAGUGUAGACAGGCUGAAAGGUGGGUCGAUGACGGCGACGUUGAAGACAACGGCAAUGUUAACGACGAUGAUGGAAUGGUUGUCGAGAGUUGA